AUGGCUCUGGCACUUACAGGGGGUGACGCAGAGGGGGCAGAGGAGGGGUUGCUUGAGGCCUUGUUUCCUUUUGGAGGGGCAGCAGGGGCAGCAGAGGCAGCAGGGGCAGCAGGGGCAGCAGAGGCAGCAGGGGCAGCAGGGGCAGCAGGGGCAGCAGGGGCGGCAGGGGCAGCAGGGGCAGCAGGGGCAGCAGCAGCAGCAGCAGCAGCAGCAGCAGCAGCAACACUAGGACCUAUCCCCUCCUCCUCCCAGUCCCCUCCUAAACAUGUCCCCUCUCUUUUUGUUGGCAAGCCAAUUCGUGCUCUGAACAAAUUCAAAGUGGUCAAUCUAGUUGACCCGUCCAGAUCAUGCGAGCUGUCCCUGCAUGCUAUACAGCAAGGGAGGCUUGCUGUAUGGGGGAUAAUCUCCCAGGUUCAGCUGCAAGGCGCAGAUGCAGCAGGAUGUGAUUAUAACGGGGGUAGAAGCUCGAGUGGGGGUGCGGGUCCGGAGAACGUGAUCCUAGGGGAGCAGAGGGAGUGGAGGAGGGAGGGGGGCAGGAGGGGAGUGGCGGAUGGGGGAGGAGAGGCGGGGGGUGGGGAGGGGCAGGUGGGUCGGGUGGGAUGGGCGGAAUUGGGGCGGCAUUGCGUGGAUUUAUGUGUGGGAGGAGGAGUGGGAGCGGGAGGAAGGGGGAAGGUGAGGAUGGGGGGGAGCGGGGUGAAGCUGGUGAGUGAGAGAGAGGAGGUGUGUGGGUUGCUGGAUGGGGCUGUGAGGGGAUGGAGAGGAGGAGAUAGAGAGGAGGGAGUGGGUGAGGGAGAGGAGGGAGAGGAGGAGGAGAGGGUGGGGAGUAGGGGGUGUGUGUGGUGUGGGAGGCAGGGGUGUGAUGAGCUGAUUGGGGCUGUUGGUGAGUUGAGGAGAGUGUUAGAGAGAGUGGGGAGGGGGAAGGACGAGAGAGUGAAGGGAUGGGGAACGGGACAGGCAGGGAUGCGGAGGGGAGGGAGGCUGGUGAUAGGAGAGGAGGAUGAGGUGGAUGGGAAGGACAAGGAGGAAGAGGAAGGGGAGGCGGGAGGGCGAGAGCGUGGAAAGGAGAAAGGGAGGUUAGUGAGGGAGGAGGAGAAGGGUGGUGGAGGAGGGGAGAGAGGGCUUGUUGUCUCCAGGAAGAGCGGGGUUUGGAACGGGAGGAAUGGAUUUGUGAAGUGUGGGGAAGGAGGGGAGGAGCGUGGGGGAGACGAGGAACGGGAUGGGAAAAGAGGCGAGGGGAAGGGUGCUAGUGGGAGAUAUGGGGGGGCUGUCGCUGCUAGGGGUGAUGAACGGGGAUAUGGAGGGGAAAGGGGUGGUGGUGGUGCUGCUGCUGGUGGUGGUGAUGGUGGUAGUGAUGGGAGUGAUGGGGAUGAUGAUGGGGGUAAUGGGUUCAUUCCCUUGAGUGGGUCACGGCCUCAGAAGGGUAAGAGUGGGAAGAAAAAGGAUGUUGGAUUUGGUGGUGGGGACGAGGGGAGUGUGGGCGUGAGCGGUGCUCAAGUGAGAUUGGAAGCUGGAGAGGGAGUGAAAGAGAAAGAGGGGUUGAAGGAGAAAGAAGGGAUGAAAGUGGGAGAGGCAAGACGGGGAGGCGCUAAGGGCCCUGAGACGCCUGCGAAGCAGAGGGAGGGAGAGAGAGUGAGUGGUUUAAAGAUGAGAGUGAAGGAAGAGCCAGUAGAUGAUGGGGUGAUGGGGGGAAGAGAGAGGGGUGUGGGGGAGUUGGGGAGGGUGGGGACGGUGGCGGAAGGAGGAACGCUAGAGAUUGCAGGAGCGAAGGCUGAGGAGAGAGAGGAGGGGGAGGUGAGGGAGGGGGAUAUGGAGGAGGAAGAGGAGGGAAAUGAAGGAGGGAGAGGAGGGAGAGGAGAGGAGGGAGAGGAGGGAGAGGGAGCUGAGAGGAACGAGAGAGGAGAGGGGAAGGAGGAGGAGGAGAGGGAGAGAAGGAAAACUGGGGCGAGAGUGGGGAAGGAUAAUGAGGAGGAGGAAGCUGAUAGUGAUAGUGAUGAUAGCGAUGACAAGAGUGAUGGAGAUUGUGAGGAAGAUAGUGAUAGUGAGUACAAGGAUGAUGGGGAGGAUGAGGGCGAUUCUGAGAGUGACAGUGAUGGUGAUGGGGAUGGUGAUGUGGUUGAGGUGAAGAAGGAGAGGGUGGAGAGUGGGGAGGGAAGUGGUGCGGUGGGAGUUGGUGCGGUGGGAGGCGGUGGGGUGAGAGGUGGUGGGGUGGGACGUGGUGGAGUUAGGGCAAGUGCAGAAGCAGGAUUUGGAGUUGGAGGAGAAGUCGGAGGGGGAGGAGAGGGCGGGAUUGGAGGGGUAAGGGAAGAGGGAGGGGGGGGGUUAGGGCGAGGGGUAGGGGUAUGGGGAGGGGGAUGGGGAGUGGGAAGGGAGGAAGGGGACGAGAGAGGGAAGGGGGCAGCUGAGUUGGGGAAGAACGACUUUGAUUCCGGGUUUGCUGGUCGGAGUGAGAAAAAGGGUGGGUUUGGUGGUGAGAAUGAGCACAGGGGCGGGUUUGGUGGUGGGAGCGAGCAAAGGGGCGGAUUUGGUGGUGGUGAGAAUGAGCACAGGGGCGGGUUUGGUGGUGAGAGUUAUCAAAGGGAGCAAAACAGUAAGCUCGAUGAGAGCACUGGAGAGGCCGUGGCGGAAUGGUUGAUAGGCACGAUGGGGAUGCCAGAGAGGAAAGCGAGGAAGAUUGUAGAGAGGACAAGGAAGGACGCGAGGAAUGGGGGGUGGGAGCUGGAGAGGUGGGUGGCUGAAGCUGUCGACUUUGCUGCUGCUGCUGAGGUGCAGGAGAGGAUGGUGGAGGAACAAGAGAAAGAGGAGGAGGAGGGUGGGGAGGAGCAGAAGCAGGAUGAGGAUGAGGAAGAGGAUGAGGAGGAGGAUGAGGAGGAGGAGGAUGAGGAUGGGGAGGGGGGAGGUUAUGGCGCUUAUUCUGGAGCUGCUGCAGCUGCUGGUCCAAGUAGUGGCCGUGCUGCUGGUGCUGCUGCUGGAGGUGGGAGGGCAGAAUGGAGGGCAGGAGGGAGGGCAGAAGAGAGGGCAGGGGGGAGGGCAGAAGGGAGGGCAGGAGGGAGGGCAGGAGGGAGGGGCAUGGGGGGCUGGUUGCAUGAAGAUGAGGAUGGGGCAUCCAGCUUUGGCUUAGGCUUAGGUGGUUCUGGUCUCACCCGUCCACCCACCACCUCUGCUGUCUCCCGCGCCCCGCCACACUCCCCAGCACCCAGAGCAGCAGCAGCAGUUUGCACUCUGGUGGUCGGGAAAAGGGAAGGAGAGAUUAGUUUAGGUGGUUCGGGACUCACUCGCACACCCACCACCUCUGCUGUCUCACGUGCCCCGCCGCACUCCCCUGCACCCAGAGCUGGCGCGUUUAUACCCAGCGGUCGGGCAGGGCCCAGCAGGGUUGGAUGCGGUGAUGAGCGGUGGGGGAACAACACAGCCAGAGGCAGUGGUGAGGGGUGGGGAAGCGGGGUUGGAUGCGGUGGUGAGCGGUGGGGGAACAAUGCAGUUAGAAGUGGUGGGAUGGGGGCGUUGGGGGGAGGGGGGUUUGGUAAGGGAGGGGUAGAGCGACAGAUGGCAAGGAUGCUGACUCAGCGUGACAGCGUGGCAGCGGGUAUGAAGGAGGAGGGGUGGGAGGGAGUGGGUGGGGGUGGAGUAGGGGGAUGGAGAGGAUUGGGAGGAGGGGGAGUGAGAGGAGGGAGAGGAGGAGGAGUGAAGGGUGGUGGGGAUGGUGGGUACGGAAAGGGAGUGGGGAAGUGCAAAGAGGAGGAGGGGAACUGGUGGGAUGAGGAGGAGGACGAGGAGGAAGAGGAGGAGGAGGGAGGAGGGGAGUGGAAUGGUGGUAAUGGUGGUUUUGGUGGUGGUGCUGCUGCUGGUGCGGGUAAUGGCAAUUGUUGGAAUGAGGGGCAGGAGGAGGAGUGGGAGGAGGAGGAGGGUGAGGGGGACUAUGCGGUUGGUGCUGUGGGUGCUGCAGGUGCUACAUUUGGUGUUGGUGGUGUGAGUGGGACAGCAGCUGGUCAGAAGCGCAGGGCGAGUGGUGGAAGGUGCAAUGCUGCCAAGGCAAGUGUUUCUGCCCCUCUCCCGCCCUCCCUUUCCCCCCACCCUUUCCCCCUGCCUCCAUUUCCUCCCUUCCUCCCCUUCUGUAUCCCACCCCACUUGUUCUCUCAUCUCUUUCCCUUUCAGAAGCAAAACGCUCUGCCUGCUCCCUCCUUCGAGCACUCUGCUCGCAGCACUCGGGUCAUCAACCUCACUCAGCCCAACACACCUGACACCCCCGACUACUGCGACCCCACCACUAACACUUUGUGCCUCCUUUGCCUCCUCCCUUCCGCCCACAGAAGCAAAACGCUCUGCCUGCUCCCUCCUUCGAGCACUCCUUUCGCAGCACUCGGGCGAAACGCUGCUGACGUCACUGACCCCAAGGGCGUGUUCAUAUACGUGGAGAACAUCAAGAGUGCAGAGUGGGGUCAGAUGUCGGGGAUGCUGUUCUCGCUCCCGGUGGAGUUUGUGGAUAGCGCCCACCUGGGGGUGUGCCGCAGGCAGAGAGGGUACCUUCACAAUCUACCCGUAAACGACCGGUGGCUGCCCGACUGGGUUCUUAACCGCCCGAAAACGAUUUUCGAGGCGUUUCCCGAUACAGAGCCGUGCCCUCUCUUUUCAGUGCCCUUUCCCUCUCCACUGCCCUCUCCUUUCAGUGCCCUCUCUUUUCAGUGCCCUUUCCCUCUCCACUGCCCUCUCCUUUCAGUGUCCUCUCUUUUCAGUGCCCUUUCCCUCUCCACUGACCUCUCCUUUCAGUGUCCUCACUUGCUGUUCAACUUGCUGUGGAUUGAGAGGGACCGGCUCGCCCAACUGGAGGUGGAUCAGUUGGAAGAGGUUCCAGGGGGUAGCCCCCCAGGGGCCGCGUUCAACUUGCUGUGGAUUGAGAGGGACCGGCUCGCCCAACUGGAGGUGGAUCAGUUGGAAGAGGUUCCAGGGGGCAACACCUUCCACGUGCCCACCGUCGCUCUCCAACUCUCAGUCCUGCGCCGCCUCUACAUGGCUUCUGAGUUAUCAUGCAACACCUUUCACGUGCCCACCGUCGCUCUCCACCUCUCAGUGCUGCGCCGCCUCAACCGCCCCAUCCGGGUCCUCUCGCUCUUCUCAGGCAUCGGCGGCGCGCUAGUGGCGCUGCACAUGGCGCAAGUCCCUGUGAUCCGUGCCGUGAGCAUCGAGGCUGAUAGCACCUGCCGGGAAGCCGAGGCGCGGUGGUGGAAAAACGCUGCAGAGGCACCGGUCAGGGGCGGGGGCAGGAUGGUGGGGAAGCUAUCCCAAGUAUACCACGAUGUGACGAAGCUGAACAUGAAGAAUGUGGAGGGAUUGGUGGAUAAAUACGGACCGUUCGAUUUGAUCAUCGGCGGUAGCCCCUGCAACAACUUCACGGGGAACAACCGUCAGCCUGCGGACAGCCCGGCUGGCCGGGCCGGGCUUCAUGGGAGGGAUUCGUCGCUGUUUUUCAUCAUGCAAAACGUGAUUCACACUGUUGCUAUGAUUCAGGAGAGGCGUGGCUUCAGGGUCCCUCUUUCACUGUAG